AUGGCUGAGAACGGAACGUUUGUCAACGGAGAGCGACUCAAUUACCUUGUAAGGCGUCCCAUUGCACACGUCAGCGUCGUCGCCCUCUGUUCCAUGGACAGUGCAGCAAGCUUCACGUUCUACGAUAACUACCACCGCUUUUCCGACUUCAACUUGAUACUGAAUAACAGAUAUGUUGUCAUUAAUGUUUUGGCGAACGGGUCCUUUGGUCAAGUGUAUCAUGCAAUCAGCAAGCUCGACCACACCAUUGUAGCCGUCAAAACUGUUCAAUCCACCACAACGAGGGGAACGUUUACGAUGGCAUCCGUUGACCCAGGCGGCAUGGAAGCUCUUAGAAACGAAAUUUGUAUUUUGUCGACAACAGACCAUCCUUGUAUUAUCAAGAUGGUUGAUUCUUCGUCUGACGUGACUUCAAACAAGAUGUUUCUCGUCUUGGAAUUGGCUAACGGCGGUGACUUGCAGCAGAGAAUGCACGACGUCGGUCACUUGUUGGAGCUGAUCUCCCGGUUCUUGUUCAUUCAGCUGGUCUCGGCCAUCAAUUACUGUCAUGGCCGCUCACCGCCCAUUGUCCACAGCGACCUCAACCCCGCCAAUAUAUUGCUGGCGGACGCUGGCGAGUUUGCCAGAGUGAGGACUACUUUGGUAGGAGGCAGCGUGUUGGACGGUCCAGGUGUCGCGUCCGUCAGCGACGAGGCCCACGCUUUGAUCGACAACAUGGUGGCGAUCGACGUCGGGCGCCGCCACGACAUUGAAGCAGUGGUCAGGUGCCUUUGGCUGCACGACGAGGAAACUAUGGCUAGUCUCCGGUCGACCGUCUUUAAAGAUGCGCCCAUUUUCUGA